AUGGCGGAGGCAAGCGGUGGUGAAGAAGUGACUACUAAUUCUGAUGAUAGAAUUGCAAAAUCAGAUGACACAGAAUCACAUCAAGAGAAACCCACUUGUAUUUUGUGCCUUGGUAUGGCUGGAUCAGGAAAAACAACAUUUGUGCAGGUAUUUUUAAAGUUCUAGGUUCCUGGCCUAUUCUACUUCUAGUUUUAUGACUGCUGCUUGUGAAUGUUAACGUUUACCAUAUUGCCACGUGCUUUAAUGCUUUAUGAAAUAUUCCGAAGCGCGGAUCUAGGAUAAAUACUGACCGAUUUCCUAAACGAUCGCCGAAGGCGAAAGCCUCUAAUAUAAGGGGGUCAGGGGGCAUGCUUCCAUGGCAAUUUUUUUAAGUUUUAAGUCCCCUUUCCUUUCCAGAAAGGCUAUUGGCCAGUUCCAUUCUACUCGGAUGAAGCCUUGCAAAUCGGCGAACUAUUUCAUUCUUGAUUUCAACUUGAAAAGUUGUUGUGGGUAACAAGAGGAACCUGCAAUCCUAAUUUCCAGGUUGUUAUUAUGCAUGCAUUGCAUGUAUGAAGCCAGCAUCUGUUUGGACUUCCAGUAAGAAUGUAUGGAAUGCACACAACACAAUUUGAUCACUGGCGUUUGACCUUCUGUUACUCGUAAUCUGAUCACGCAAAUUUGAUCAUGUGCCUUUUUGACCAUCUGUCACGUGGAACUUUCGCAAAGCACAGCGCUGGAACAAAAGCGUUUUGACCUUCAAUCAUUGUCACCAGCACUAACUAAAGUAAUAACCUUGGUUAUUACUAGUAUAUAUAUGUUGUAGUUAAUUUUUUAUCUCAGGUAAUUUUUAUUUUUCCUUUUGUUUAAUCUUCAUUAGCAUACAUUAACCUACCCGAAAACAAAAGAAAUAAAAAAUAACUUGAGAUAAAAAAUUAACUGCAACAUAUAUAUAUGUAUAAAGGAUGCGGACAAAACUUUGAGGGUUCAGAUUCCUGUCAUCUGAGGGGGUGCGGAUAAAAAAAAUGGAAUGUCCCUUGAAGGAGGUUGAUAUUUUGGAUUGAAAGCCUUUGCAGUUACCUCAGAAAUCUGCCACUUCAUAGCCUUCAAGCAAUAACAGCAAAAAAAAAAAAAAUUAUUUACUUUUGCUCAAAUUAAACAAGAAGUUCCCUUGCUGCAAUUUCAGUAAAAAAAAAAAUUGGCGGGGGGGAGGGAAUUUUCAUACGCUUCAUUCAUUUAUUACACAUGAGUGAAAAUUUCAUCUUAGAAAAUGGUGAAAAACAAAUUGCCCUAUAUGAAAUGGCAGCUAGAGAGGUUUCAUUUGAAUUAUUUGUCACACUGCAGGAUUUUAUUUUACAGUCUCCAAAGUUUUUACUAGACUCCAUCAUUAACUCUGGGUUUGGAAGAGGGCCGUUUAACAAUAAUAAUUGUUAAAUAAUUUCUGAAACUAUGUAAUAACAAAUUUCAGAGACUCACAGCACACUUGUACGCCCAGAAGGAGACACCUUAUGUGGUAAAUCUUGAUCCCGCUGUGAGAGAGGUACCCUAUCCAGCAAAUAUUGAUAUCAGAGAUUCUGUCAACUACAAAGAAGUCAUGAAACAAUACAAACUAGGUCCAAAUGGAGGCAUUGUCACAUCAUUGAACCUGUUUGCAACAAGAUUUGAUCAAGUUAUGAGUUUUUUGGACAAGAAACGCUCAACUGAUUUCAAGUAAGUAAGAAAUUGUUUAUCUUAGAAUGGGUCAUUUCUUUUAGUAAUAUCAUGGCUGAAAGUUAAGCAGCUUCUCUUGUUCUAUUCCCAACAGCUUGAAUGCAUAGUUCCGCGUCAAUUUGGGCAUGCAUUUCAGUAUCGAUUCUGUUGCAUUAAUGAUCAUAUGUUCACUUGUUAAUUUGCACAAAUUAUAACUAUUACACGACAACAUUAAUUUAUUUAAUGGGUUCCAUGCAAAAAUGUCCCCAGACUGCUUCAUUAUUAAAUUAUGUAAAACAUAAUUUUUGUAGUAUUAGACACCUUUAAGGCCAAAGGUGAGGUGAAAAUUUGAAAAACACUUGCCAUUCAGGCAAGCUGUAGCUGAAAUUUACCACCCCAGAGCAAUCAUACAGGCCUACCCACUCUCUUCUUUUUUUUUUGGUUGCUUGCCUAUUGGACAACUCUCGAUCAUGGCAUGCUUCAUUAGCCACAGACAGCUCCUUUGUCAUGUCCUGCCCAUGUUGGUCCACAAGAAAAAGAAACUGCACUAAUUACUGUGCAUUUUAAAUGAUAUUUUAUUGCUAUAAUAUAAUAUCUCUCUCCUUCCCCCCAAAAUAUUCUUGGAUUGUGCUCGUUAUCUUUUUUGUAAAUGGAAAAAUAAUGAUAAAGGUGACCAAUAAUCAGUAAAAAAUGGAAACAGAAAUGAGAAUAUAAUGUUAUUCAUCAUUGUUUGAAAUGAUAUUCUUAUUACACUGUUACAGUGUCUUGUAGAACUCCUUUUAAAACUGAUCAUGACAUUUCAACCAGUUACAGCCUGUAAAGCAGUGAGCAAUCAAAAAGUCAUGAUCAACAUCAAAGUUAGUAUUAUAAACUAGUAUAAGUUGGUAUUAGUAACAAUGAUGUUGAUAUUAUGAAAUGUGCUAGUAGUUGUCUAAUUUAGUUGCAGGUAUCAUUUCAUGUAGUGCGAUAUACGUAUAUUUUUUAUUCAUUAUGGGUAUUAUAUUCCAGAUAUGCAGUAUUUGACACGCCAGGCCAGAUUGAGGUGUUCACUUGGUCUGCAUCAGGAGCCAUUAUAACUGAAGCACUGGCAUCAUCAUUUGCGACAAUUGUAGUGUAUAUAAUUGACACAGCAAGGAGUACCAGCCCAGUUACAUUUAUGUCUAACAUGCUAUACGCUUGCAGUAUCCUGUACAAGACAAAGUUGCCUUUCAUUGUUGUUUUAAACAAGGUAAGUAUUAUUACAUUUAGCCUCAUUCUGCAACUCAGUAAAAAACCUUCUUAGAGACGAAAAGUCAUCUGACAAGCAAAUAGUCCAAAAUUCUUCAAAUGCUUCCACAGCCUGGGCCAUUGAGGAUGUCAUUUCAACCCCCAAGAUUUUUAAGUUUUCCUUUCUGGCAGUGAAGCAUAAUCAUGAGGCAGAUACUUCUGAAAUCAUGGUCUGAUGUACUUCAAAAAAUCUGAUGAUCAAUGAUGCACUUAAGCCAGGGUCGGCCAGGGGGGGUAGUGGUAUACCAGUAUACCCGCAAAAAAUUUGCCAAAAUACCCCAAAAUACCCAAAAUUCAUCCAAAUAUACCCAAACGAAGGUAGGUAUACUUUAUACCUGAAAUUCAAAGAAAGUGAUAUACCGAAUACCCGUAUUUAAGCUGCAAUAUACCGUAUACUCGAUUUAAAAAGCCCCUGUAUACCGUAUACCCAAAAACCCUGGCUGACCCUGACUAGCAAAGUACAAGCAGUAUGAACUUCGCACGUACUCUCUCCUUAAAACAAUAACAACUGGUCACCCCUGCCCAGUGGUUUUAAAAAAAAUCCGUAAGAAUUUCUUUAAUCUUUCAAAAUACUGCAGAUAUGAAGCAAAGUGUUGUAGUAUUGGCUUCCCUACAGGAAUGCAAAUUAACUUCAAACAGUUUGACCAGCAAUGUUUAACGCUGGAAGACACUAAACUCCUGGGCCGGGUUGUUCAAAGCUGGGUUAUGAUAAAAAAGGGUUAGUGCAAAAUUUGGAUUUAAAUAUGAAGGUAAAAAAACCAACUCAAUUUUAAUUCAUUUUGUCUACAAUUAUUGGAAGAUUGGACACUCUAAAAAGAAUACAGAAAUUUUCAGAGAAAAUGCUUUUGAACAAAAGAAAAAGAAAUUGGGAUUAAAAUUUAACCUUGGGUUAGCACUAAUCAGCUGGGUUUUUGCAGGGCUCAAAACAUUUCUCGUCCAGUAGUCCAGGAUACACUUAUGUCCAGGAUUGAACUCUAGCACUUUGUUCCUAAAGAUAGAAAAGUUUGACAAGUUUGUAAAAUAAUAGAUGUAGGAAGACACUUUCAGAUCCUCUAUAAACAAAAUUGUUAGCUAAGAUAGGGAAGAAGUGGCCCUAGGCAAGAAAAAUGUGAGACAAGCUGGAAUUCAAAUUUUUUUUUUUCCAAUCCCUGCAUGCAUAGACCCGUAGUUUUAGUCAUUCUUUCUUAUGUUUAGACUGACAUAGUGGACCACAACUUUGCUGUUGAGUGGAUGCAAGACUUUGAGGUUUUUGAGGAAGCUCUAGCACAGGACACAUCAUACAUGUCAAGUUUAACAAGAUCCAUGAGUCUGGUAUUGGAUGAAUUUUACCAAAACCUUCGAACAGUGGGCGUGUCUUCAGUGACAGGAGCUGGUAUGGAUGAGUUUAAAAAGGCUGUGGAUGAUGCUGUGGUUGAGUUUGAAACUCAGUACAAGCCAGGUAGAAAGGGUCUUUAAAACUUAAGAGAAAAUAUGAACAUCCAUUUUCUGCACACUCUUUUGCAUUCAGUUUUUAUGGUACAGUGUACUGCCAGAAGAACUCCUUUCUCAUAUCUAGGUCUUCCAUGCAUCGAUCUAAGAACGAUUACUGCCAACUCAGGUCGAUUAUUUCAUUUCCAUGGCUAUAGAUUAAUGAUUAAAAUCUAGUGAAAUAAGGUUUCUGAAGAAUGCAUAAAAGAGGGGCUUAUUUUUUGAGGGGCUUAUCUACGCAGAGAAAUUUGCGUUUCAAAAUCAAUUGGGCUAGCCUUUUAGUUGGAAGUAAAUUUACCGUUUUUGCUUUGUUUUGCUUUGUAUUUGAGGGCUAUUUUCCAAGUACAAGCCCUCAGGGGGCUUAUAUUUGGACGUGGGUUUUUUGCGUUACCGGUUUGGGGGGCUUGUAUUUGGAGGGCCUAUACAUGGAGGGGCUUUUUUUCGGAAUUUUACGGUAUGUGAUGUGAGAGGGAGAAACAGCAAGGGGGGGGGGGGGGGGGGGGGGGGGGGGGAGGGGGGGGGGGGGUUCCCUCCCCCCCCCCUCUCUUUUCUUCCUUUUUUUUUUUUUUUCCCCCCUUUUCCUUUUUUUUCCCCCCCCCCCUCCAAAAACCCCGGAAAAGACCAUUCCCCUUUACCACAUACAUAAUUAAUAAAAUUUUGUGCUUAUUCUAUACUUUUUUUUAAAUUAGAGAACUGAAAAAGAGAUAUGGUGGGUAGCUUGCAGUAUCUGUCUAUGUGGCGAUUGGAUAGCUUUGGUGUUGGGGGGUGCUCUCUGCUAGGGUGUUAUAAGUGGGGUGUCGGGUCAUAUCAAAUACAAUGUAAAGUAGGGGAAGUGGGAAGGGGGAGGAGGGGGGCGGGGUGAGGGGGGCGGCGGGAGUGAGUGAGUGAGUUCCCUCCUCUCUCCCUCUCUCUCUCUCUUCCUUCUUAUUUUUUCCCGCUCUCUUCCUUCGUGUCACACUCCACUAUCUGAAAGCCUGGAAAAGGCCAUUCUCCCUUUGAAAUAUGUACCUAUUAUGAAAUUCUGGCGUAUCGUUAAUCUUCUUCAGAAUAUGAAAGACUGAAAAAGGACAAAGAAGAAAAAGCAAGAAAAGAAAAGGAGGAUCAACUGAAAAAAGUCAAACAGGAUCUAGGUGCUGGCAAACCUGUUGCGAUGGAAACAAACCCAACUGGUGCCCAUGCGCUUGCAUCCAUGCAUGCAACUCCAUUCCACAUCUCCCUAGGGGCGGACUUAGACAGUGAUGAUGACGAAGGGACUGGGGAGGAAUUUGAUGAAGAAGAAAUGAAAGAACAUGAGUCUUUUAAGAGAUAUUUGGAAAAAGAGAAACUAAAGAAACAAGCUGGUACAGACCAAGAAUAA